AUGCGAAUUGGACGCGUUUUACGAGGAGCUGGAGGAAGUAGUCCGCAACGAGAAGUCCUUUUACAAAUUCGUUGUCGGAGACUUCAACGCAAAACGCAAACAGGAAAGGCCACAGAAGAGGAAUACAGGGUUGGAAGAUUUGGACUAGGGGACCGGAAUGAAAAUGGCAAUCGUCUCGCUGGGCUAUUGUCUGCCGCUCGCCUCUUUCAUGGGAACUCUCUUUUCAUGAAAAAAGAUCAUCGUCGGUGGACAUGGGAAUCGCCCAAUGGCGCGACUCGUGCGGAGAUCGACCACAUACUCACCAACCGGAGGUGGUGUCUACUUGACGUCUCAGUAGUACCAUCCUUUUGUAGUGGUUCUGAUCACCGUCUCCUUCGUGCGAAAAUACGACUUAGCCACACGAUGGAAAAGAACAUCUGCUAUCGGCAACGAAGGAGAAAAGAAGUCGUCUACGACGAUUGCGUUCUCGAGGACUCCUUGUCCCAAGGUGACUGGCACAUCGAGGAGGACCCAAACGUGGACUACGAGAUGCUGCUCAGAGGAUUACGAGCCUGUGCAGAACGUGCCUCGAAGUCGCGCACGACAAACUUGGAUCGAAUUUCGAAGACCACCAAGGAAUUGUUAGGAAGAAGAAGGGCUUUGAGGCUUGAUCCGAAUGCAUCGCACAUUGAGCGGUUAGUAGCAAACACUAGCUGCAGAAAAACGUUGCAGGAGGAUUUUUUGAAGUACAGGCAGAAGAAGAUUCUAGAAGCAGCACAAAGAAGAACGAGUCUAAAGAAGUGCCGCACGGAUCUCCGCGAAUAUAAUGUUCCGCUAGCAACCUUGCUGAGCGAAGAUGGGACUCGCACGUCUUCUCGCCGUGGGAUGGAAAUCAUUACGGAGAAGUUCUAUUCGAACCUUUUCCGUUCAUCAUCUCCUGUGUCAAGCCCAAUCAUCCCCACUGGCGAAGCUCCACCACGGAUUCUCCCUUCGGAAGUACGAGUCGCUAUCAAGAGCAUGAAACCUGGCACAGCCCCCGGACCUGAUUUUAUAUCAGCAGACUUUCUUCGGGCUGGUGGCCAUCCGCUUCAUGUAAUAUUAGCAGCGCACAUGAUAUCCUAUCUUCAAAAAGAAAGGAUCGCAGACCAGUGGAAGACCUCGCGAACCGUUCUUAUCCAUAAGAAAGUAUUCACCAAGAUCAUCCUCACACGCAUAUCUAGAACGCUGGAUGAAGCCCAGCCUCAGGAACAAGCUGGAUUCCGCCAAGGGUUCAGCUGCUUGGACCACAUCCAGACCGUGUCGAGGGUCAUACAGGUUUGCCGGGAAUACCGCCUGCCCCUUGUUCUAACCUUCGUCGACUAUGAGAAAGCCUUUGACAGCGUAGAAACGAAUGCAAUACUGUCAACGCUGGUCGAUCAAGGUGUGGACGCGUCGUAUGUGAGGACAUUAGCCAAUUGCUACGAACGAUGCACGACUAGGAUACAGCUUUUCCACCGCCCUCUCACCAUACCCAUUGGAAAGGGGGUACGACAAGGCGAUACUAUAUCGCCGAAGCUGUUCACGGCUGCAUUGCAAUGGAUAAUGAAAUCACUAUCCUGGGAAGAAAGGGGCAUACGUGUUGAUGGAAGAUUUCUUUCGAACCUUCGUUUCGCGGACGACAUCGUUCUCUUUUCGAGCAGUACCAAUGAAGCAGAAACGAUGCUCAACGAAUUGAACGAAGCAGGGAAGAGAAUAAGACUACGAAUAAACAGAAAGAAGACACAGUUCAUGAAGGACGCCCACUGCGAGGACGGAGGAGUACAACUUGAAGGCUCCCAAAUCGUGGAAACUCCGUCAUACGUAUACCUCGGACGUUCUAUGAACAUGGAAAACGACUUGAAGGAAGAAUACUGA